AUGUGUAAUAGAUCCGUAUUGGUGAUAUUCUGCGUGCUGAGAGACUGGCAAAUGUGCGAGAACAUCAAUGAUGUUCCAAGCAAUACAGAAGCUAGCGAUUUCGAUCGUGUUUUUGGUGCGGCUGUGGAUUGUGGAACCCAACCUAGAGACUUCCGAAGCCGUUUUCGAUUUCCCGUACAUAAAUAUUGGUCGAUGAGGUUUGUCUCGAGUCAGUCUGGAUAUAAUGUGUAUCAUAAUGCAUUGAACAUACUCAUGGUUGCAAUAUCAUCGACGGUGUGGGCCUCGAAUUGA